AUGACUAUGAAAAAUCAUUCCCUGACAACUGAAUUUAUCCUCAUAGGAUUUACAGAUCACCCAGUGCUGAAGACCCUUCUGUUUUUGCUGUUCUUUGUCAUCUAUGUGAUUACCAUGGUGGGGAAUCUUGGCCUGGUAGUACUGAUUUUUAUGGAACGUCGUCUUCAUACACCAAUGUACAUCUUCCUGGGCAACCUUGCUCUGAUGGAUUCCUGUUGUUUCUGUGCUAUCACACCCAAGAUGUUAGAGAACUUCUUCUCUAAGGACAGGAUGAUAUCCCUCUAUGAAUGCAUGGCCCAGUUUUAUUUUCUCUGUCUGGCUGAAACUGCAGAUUGCUUUCUCCUAGCAGCAAUGGCCUAUGAUCGCUAUGUGGCCAUAUGUAGCCCACUGCAGUACCACACCAUGAUGUCAAAGAAACUCUGUGUUCAGAUGACUAUAGGGACCUUCAUAGCUAGUAACCUGCAUUCCAUGAUCCAUGUAGGGUUUCUGUUAAGGUUAACUUUCUGCAGAUCUAAUCAAAUCGACCACUUUUUUUGUGAUAUUCUUCCAUUAUACAGACUUUCCUGUACUGACCCUUAUAUCAAUGAACUAAUGAUAUACAUUUUUUCAAUGCCAAUUCAAAUCUUUACCAUUGGCACUGUAUUGAUCUCUUAUUUUUGCAUCCUCUUCACAAUUUUCAGAAUGAAAUCCAAAGAAGGGAGAGGUAAAGCAUUUUCAACUUGUGCAUCCCAUUUUCUAUCUGUUUCAAUAUUCUACAUUUGUCUGCUCAUGUAUAUUCGACCAUUUGAAGAAGGGGAUAAAGAUAUACCAGUAGCAAUUUUUUAUACAAUUAUAAUACCUUUAUUAAAUCCUUUUAUUUAUAGCCUGAGGAAUAAGGAGGUGAUCAAUGUUCUGGAAAAAAUUAUGAGGAAUUACAAUAUUCUUAAACAAGCAUCAUCCUCUGUGCAAAACUGA